AUGAAACAUACCAAUGAAAGCCCAAAUUCAGAGAAAGUCAGGGGAGACAGAGUGCUCGAAAGGGUGGAUGCCAACCAGCAAUCCAUAGAUCCCAAUGUUGUUGACUGGGAAGGCCCUGGUGAUCCUUAUAACCCGCUCAAUUGGUCGUCGACAAGGAAGAUACUAAUUAUUAUAUUUGUGAGCUCUUAUACAUUUACGUCAAAUCUAGCUGCGACCAUAUUUGCUCCUGGAGUCAAGCAAAUGGCACAGGAGUUCCACAUCACCAACCCCACCAUCGAAUACAUGUUAUUAAGCAUCUACGUGCUUGGGUUCGCCUUGGGUCCGAUCAUAUUCGGCCCUCUCUCCGAAUUGUACGGCCGCCUUGUCAUUUACUAUACCUGUUCCCUGGUGUUCCUGGCUUUUACCGUAGGAUGCACAUUUAGUACCAACGUGGAGAUGUUCCUUGCUUUUCGAUUUAUAUGCGGCUGCGCUGCUUCAGGCCCUAUGAGCAUAGGAGGAGGUACACUAGCUGAUAUUAUUCCUCAAGAAGAACGAGGAAGGGCUAUUAGCAUAUUCACGUCAGGGCCAGCGCUAGCUCCUAUUCUUGGCCCUGUUAUUGGCGGUUAUGUAUACCAGUACGCUGACUGGCGUUGGACCUUAGGGGUCAUUUUGAUGUUGGCUGGGAUUAUCAGCAUCGGUACCUUCCUGUUCCUCAGGGAGACAUACGCACCAACUAUACUGCACAUGAAAGCAAAGCGGAUGAGAGAGGAGACAGGAAACCCAAAUCUCAGACCAAAAUCUGUCAAAAGGGGGCCUCCACACCAACUGAUACUCCAGGCUAUUACCCGCCCGAUGAAAUUACUUAUCUUCUCGCCUAUGGUUUUGCUCCUCGCUCUAUACUCAGGGUUCGUGUUCGGCUUCUUCUUCUUACUCUUUGCCACUUUCCCCUUCGUAUUCCAAGAUAUCUAUGGAUUUAGUAGUGGGACAUCUGGCCUGGCAUACCUUGGCCUAGGCACCGGCACGGUGGUAGGUUUGGUUGUAUUCUCUGUCGUGAGCGACAGGGUGUUAGGAAAGGAACCAGGGGAAUCCAUGGCCAAACCGGAACAACGUUUGAUUCCAAUGAAAUGGUUUGGUAUCGUAACCCCAAUAGGCUGUUUUAUAUAUGGCUGGGGAGCGCAUUACCAUGCACAUUGGACAAUACCGAUGUUAGGGACGGCUCUCAUGGGAUUCUCAUCACUGUUUAUUACGAUACCAGCGCAGAUUUACUGUGUUGAUGCAUUCGGUCCACAGGCGGCCGCUUCAGCGCUUGCAGCAAACUUGAUCAUCCGCUCUCUAUUCGGUGCUUUUCUGGACCUUGCCGCUAGUCCGUUAUAUGAAAAGCUGGGGCUGGGGUGGGGGAAUAGUGUGUUGGGAUUCAUUAUCCUGGCAUUCACUCCAGUACCGUGGUUGUUUUAUCGAUACGGAGAGUAUUUGAGGACUAGAUUUGCAGUUGAGUUAUAG